UUUUAUCCGAGAGGGGCUAUAAGGCCAGCCUACAAAUAAAUCCCUAAACCUUAUGCCUGAAACUCCAUCCGUCCAUAGUAUUCUCUUCUUUCUUCUCCUUCAUCUUCUCUUAUAGAGUUUAGAUUAGAUUAUCGUAAUAUCGUAUGAAUCAUCUGUCGUGAUGACGAUGAAUCAUGAGUUUGGGGAAUCAUUAUCAUCUGAAUCUUCAUCAUCAAGAAGUGAUUCUUUUGUUAAUGUAUAUGAUCUGACAGAAGACUUGGUCAUAGAAAUUCUGAUGAGGUUGCCGGUGGUGGAUGUGAUAAAACUGAAGAGGGUGUGCAAGUCAUUGUAUUCCUUAAUCAACAGCUCCUACUUCAUCGCCAAAUACUCCCUCCUCGACGGUGACAGGGAUCCUUAUAUGUUCAUCUCCAUCCCAUUUAAAGGAACUCGCGUAGUUUCCGUUUCUUACGAAGAUGAUGAUGAUGAUGAUGAUGAUGAUGAUGAUGCAACAGUCAAAACAGUUAUCCACAUCAGACCCACACCCGCACGGUGCUGCUGCUGUUGCUGUGACGGUGUCCUACUUGUUUCGUUUGCCGGACAGUUGGCCUUGUGGAACCCUGCAACUGGAGAUGUCAAGGAUGUUCCAACUUAUGAUCAUUAUAGGAAUUCAAGUGAUAGUGAUGGGGAGGAAGAUGAUUUAUAUAUGACUAAUUAUGGAUGUGGGUUCGAUUCCAAAAAUAAUGAGUACAGGCCCUUCAUCGUUCUCAGCGACAAGUGCUAUUCGUUUAAAACGGAGAUUGAGAUCUACAGCUACAAGAAGAAAAUUUGGAAAAUCAUUCAAUCUUCUGGGAUUAUUUCACAUGGAGUUGACAUGGUAUACGCCGAUGGAUUUUGUCACUGGCCAGGAUUCAGCCGCCUUGUCAGCCCUAAUGGCAGGGAUGUAAUUGUCUCGUUUGACGUCACAAAUGAGGUGAUUCUGACCACCCCUUUUCCUGAUGAUAUUAUUCCUACUUAUUCUUAUCAAUUUCCCUAUUAUUAUUACCUCCAUUGUCCUUAUCCUCUGCUUCUCAAUGACUCCCUUGCUCUGGUUGUUAAUCAACAUGGACAUUGGAAUAGGGAUGAUAAUAGAACAACAAGUUGUUUUGAUAUAUGGGAAUUAGGUGAAUACGGUAAUAAAGAUUCAUGGACUAAGCUAUUCACUAUUGGACCCCUUCAUGGCAUUCAACAUGUCCUGGGAUUUUGGAGCGAAACCAAAAUAUUUUUGGCUCAAACUGACUCGUUAGAUGAUAAUGUUGCUCAGCUGUUUCUCUAUGACACGGUUACCCAACAACCUCUCAAUUGUCUUCAAACCAUUACAAUGGACUCAAAGGUGCAUACCUGCCGACUGAGCUUGUUACCAAUUGCCGCAGAUGGAUCGAAGAAAACAAAAAUCAAAAGACGAGUUCGAGUUCGAAUUUUGGCAAUUGAGAUUAGGAAUCAUAAUAAAAAGAUGAAGAAAAAGAUAAAGACUAGGACAAGGGAUGGCAGUGGCAACUAUUUUAUUGUGGUGAAUAAUAAGAGGGUUCUUUUGGCAGAUUGUUAAUUCCUGCAGCUACUGACCCAUAUAAUAAGCAUAUUCCACAAUCCUGCCCUAAGCCAAUAUGCCACUCUUGACCCCCUCAAGUCCCUCCCUCGCCCCACGUUACCCAGUCCCUGCUAUUUAUUCCAUACUCGUGUAUAAUGUAUUUUACGCAAGCUCCUGUUAAGUUAAAAAUUAUUUUGUUUUUUCUGAUGUAGUUUAUUUGUGUUAUCUCUCA